AGAGGAGGAAGGGAGUCAUUCACUUGGAGUGAAACCUUCGGCCCGUGACGACUGCUUUAUAUACUACAGUAAAGGACGACACAUUUUUUCAGUAGUGCUCUUCACACUCUUAAGUUAUCAAAUCAGCGACAUGACUCUUGUCCAACCAAACGCCGACAUGCAGAUACGGAUCAGGUCUGAGCUCAACGAAGACGUGUCGACCAGAGACAAGGAUCUGGAGCACAUCAAGGAUUGGCUGAAAAGGCAGCCUCAUUUGCCCGCGUUCGAAGACGAUGGACGGCUGAUGACUUUUCUAAGAGGGUGCAAGUUCUCAUUAGAAAAGACAAAAAAGAAGUUGGAUAUGUACUUCACAAUGAGAGCAGCGGUGCCCGAAUUUUUCGCCAACAGGGACCCGACUAGAACGGAAUUCAAACAAGUUUUUGACCUCUUCCAAUUUCCACCUCUACCUGGUCUACCACCAAACGGCCGCAGGGUCAUUGUCAUGAGGGCAGUCGACCCCAAGAACGAGGUGAUCAACGUGACCGAGGCCAUGAAAGCGGUACUCAUGAUAGGUGAUAUAAGGCUAAAAGAAGAAACGACUGGAGUUGCAGGAGACGUGUACAUCUUCGACGCCUCCAUUGUCACUCCGGCUCAUUUUGCUUCACAUUUUUCCAAAUUCACACCGGCAUUGAUCAAAAAGUUUCUCAUUUGUGUCCAGGAAGCGUAUCCAGUGAAAUUAAAGGAAGUUCACGUAAUCAACGUUUCCCCUAUGGUGGACACGAUCGUCAACUUCGUCAAGCCAUUUUUGAAAGAAAAAAUUAAAAACAGAAUACAUGUCCACAGUGAUUUAGCGUCCCUUCACAAAUUGGUGCCGAAGGAAGUUCUACCCAGCGAGUACGGAGGCGAUGCAGGCCCAGUUUCAGAAAUUAACAAACAAUGGUAUGACAAGGUGGUCAGCUACAAGGACUGGUUCAUCAGCCAGGAGAAAGUAAAAGCUGACGAGUCCAAAAGACCCGGAAAGCCAAAAACCUACGACGACCUCUUUGGCAUGGAAGGUUCCUUCAAGCAAUUAACCAUUGAUUGAUUCAAUUGUUUUUGUUUCAUCCAUCAUUUAACCAAUUUUUUAUUACAAUUAUUCUUAUUUAA